AUGCCCAACAAAGUUGCGAUAUUACCGCACUUGGAUGAGAUGACGGACGAGUGCCGCGACGUCGGCGCCUGCAACACCGUCUUCCUACGCCAGGGCCGCAACGGCCGGCGCCUCCUCUGCGGCGCCAACACCGACGUCGUCGGCAUCCGCGACGCCUUCUACCACGGCGUGGCCUCGUCGUCGCCCGAGCCCGCGACCGUCUUCCACCACCGUCCCGCGCUCGUCAUUGGCGGCGGCGGCGCCGCCCGCAGCGCCAUCUACGCCCUGCGCAAGUGGAUGCAGGUCACGACCAUCUACCUCGUCAACCGCGACGCCGCCGAAGUGCACACCAUGAUGCGCGACUGCGCUGCGCGCGGCUACGGCGCCGGCCUGCAGCACGUGGCCACCGUCGAAGAGGCGCAGACGCUCGAGGAUGCGCCCGGCGCCAUUGUCGCGUGCGUCCCGGACCUGGAGCCGCGCACGCAAGAGGAGCGUGUGGCGCGGGCCAUUACCGACGAGCUGCUAGCCCGGGCGCGCGCGGGAGGGCACAAGGGCGCCGUGCUGGACAUGUGCUACAACCCGACGCCGUUUACGAGGCUGGUGGCGGUCGCCGAGGCGCAGGGCUGGCAGGUGAUUCUGGGCACCGAGGCCAUGAUCUGGCAAGGGUUGGAGCAGGACAAGUACUGGACGGGCAAGAGCGUGACUGAGCUGCCCGUCGCCAAAGUGCGCGAGGCAAUUGCCGCACGGGUAGCAGCGCGUCUAGCUUCGAGGUUAUAA